AUGACUAGUAAUGAAGAUGACGCUACUAAAGAUGCCAUUCAAUAUUUGCUAAGUAUGGAAAAUAUUAAAUCUGCUAUAAAAGAUACUGAAAUGAGGCGGAGGAUAGAUGCCAUGAAAACUACUUUCGAGGCUACAUUAGUUGAUUCAAGUUUAAAGUUACAAAAUAUUAUGGGAUGCUCGGUUACAACAAACGAGGGACGUCUUAUGGUGUGUAAUAUCCUUCCUCCUUUGAAUCUCAUCCAAACCUCCGAUAAUAUUGAAGAAGACGUCAAAAAUGGGCUCUUAGUAGUUUUGCUGACGGCUAUCUUCUUAUCCAUUAAUCCUGUAACUCCAAAACCAGUCUCUGAAGCAUUUGUAUUCAAAGUCUUGACUGAGUUUGGAAUCGAUACAGAAAACGAAGAUGUUGUUUUUGGGGAUAUAAAAAAGCUGAUUGCACCUCUACCUUCAAGCGAGUUUGUACAAAAAGGAUGGUUGAAUUUCUGCAAAGCCAAAGGCAAUGAGACGGUAGAAGUUCUCUACUCUUGGGGACCAAGAGCUGUAACUUGUGUUGAUCCAAUGGAAUUGCUUGAGACAUUUUGUAAAAUGAUAGACGAUCCGUUCCCCAAAUUAUGGAAGGGCCACUAUACCAAGGCACAGAUUAUGCAGAGGGAUAUGCACAAGUUCAAAGUUGAAAUGCAAGGAAAAGAAAAUGCUCUCAGACGUCUGGAUUGA